UAAAUUUAUUAAAUAGCCUUACUACUAUGGCGUUUCGUUUCAGUUGGCCAGAAUUCGAUCAAGAGUUUUAUGAAGAAGCAAAGACACAACUUGAAUCUGCACUCAAUAAAGAAAAUAAACCUUCUGUCAUUGUUGACCAUAUUACUGUGAAAGAAUUGCAUAUGGGUACCAAGCCACCCGACUUGGAAAUCCUUGAGAUUGGUGAACUUGGCAAUGAUAAAUUCCGGGGUAUUUUUAAACUAACGUAUGCUGGCGAUGCGUAUAUAGAAAUACAAACCAAAGUUCAAGCAAAUCCAAUGCAUGCUAAAACAUCUAGCUUACCACGGCAUUCUCGUCCAAGUAUUUUGGCUGCUGAUCAACCACUGGUUGUGCCAAUGAUUCUCCGUAUCAGUGACCUUAAAUUGAGAGGCAUUGUUGUCCUUGUUGUGUCCAAGACAAAAGGUGUGACACUUGUAUUUAAAAACGAUCCAUUAGAAAGUAUUCGUAUUAGUUCUACAUUCGACAGUAUCUCGAUGCUUCGAGAUUUCUUACAACGCCAGAUUGAAAGACAAUUGCGGAACAUGCUUCAAGAAGAUUUACCAGUCAUGAUUCAUAAUUUAAGUUUACGCUAUAUUCAAUCAGAAGAAGAAAAGAAAAAGAAACGCGAACAAGAAGAACGCCAAUUAAGAUUGAGUAGAAGUAAUUCAUCAAUCUAUAGCAGUAAUAGUAGCAUCAUCAACAGUCAACUGAGUUUACCCGAUCUAGUCUAUCCUCUUUCACCCCGAUCUUUGCCCAGUAGUCUAAACACGCCUAUUUCAAGCUCGUUUGAUCUUCAUGAUAGUUUUGACGACUAUGAUGAUUUUUGUUCAACACCUUCUACACCUCUCGGUUCUUAUUCGGACUACAUCGCACCGAUCACAACCGCCAAUCUCUUUACGCAUAAUCGACAAUUCAAUACAGCCCUAGGCAUUCCCUUGUACAAAGACUAUCAUCCUUUGAUGAUGAUGCAACCACCUCAAGACACACAGUCUGAUAUAGCAUUAUCAUUAUCCGAAGAGGAAGACAUUAUCCUUAAACCCUCAGAAAACCUUAUGGCCGCUCGCCUAUCCCAGUUGAUGAGCACCCAUUAUACCUUGUCUCCAUUGACAGAAAAUAUCUCUCAUUUCACUUUCCGUAGUUUACCCUAUGCUAAAAAAUCCAUGCCACUGAACAAAAGAAAAGUGCCCAAGAGACGUGUGACACGACUGAAUGUCUCUAUUCCUCGUCUUUAAAGAAAAAAUAAAAGUAAC